AGGACCUUUCCUUCCUCGAUCCAAAGACUCAGAUGAAGCUGGAAUCAAACAUCACGCAGCUUCCUAUGAAACGAAGAAGGAGACCAUAUCUACAGAUUCUUGAGCCAGGGGAUCUCACCCCACUGGGGAUUCCAGCCUCAUCCCUUCCCCAGCCUGUGUAUCCCUCCUCACCUACCUCUGUUUCUAAGGCUGAAUACUAUUCCAAGGCUGCCAUGGUCUUAGAAAAAUUGCAUCACCGAGAUCCAGGAGGGACAAGGGUAGAAACUGUGUCAACUGCCAGGCUGCGGAGUCCUCUGCUUGCACACUCACCUUCACAGGUUCAGGUGAUACAGAGAGCCCCUCCACCAGCUGCCAGCCAUGGGCUGUCCAAGGCCCAUCUAGAUAUAGGGAAGAGCUACCUGAGCACUAAGACCAGGGCUUUCUGCUUCCAGGCAAGAGCCCAGCAGAGCAGGACUGUCCGAGGGAUUGGAAGAAGCAGCCUGCAACCAAGGACCAGCCCAAGAAUUUACAAACCUGCAGCACGGAUGAAGUUUGAGAACAUGGACUCAGGACAUCCCUGCUGGAGUGGGACAAUGCUGGACCCUCAAGAAAGGAUCCCACCUUCAGUGGUCAAACAAAUCAAUAGGUCCAAGGAGAAAGAAGGGACCCCUCCUGCAUGGAAAAUGAGUCUGGGAUCCACGGAGAUUCCCUGUGGUCAAGUCACCAAUAUCCAUCUCAGGGACUUUGAGUCUCCAGAGGCCAAUAGAAGUCCAGGCCAUUUCAAAACACCCACUCCAAGGCACUCGGGAGACUCAGCUCUAAAAACACAAGUAUAUAGUGAGACUGACUUCAGAUCAAGCAAGCAACCACAGUCCUGGUCUGUGGGCCAUCGUCCAGACAGCUCCAGUUCAGUGAGCUUGCCUUCAGAGCACCUGUUUCCCAGCUUCCAGAAUAGAACCAAAAAACCCAAGACUUCCCAGAGCCUGGGUCAUGUCUUCGUGAGGAAGGAUCACAGCCAGAGGACCCAGGACUUCAGAGUUCCCAAGGAUAAAAUUCAAGCAAAGAAUCACAAGGUGUUUCAUCCCAACGAAGAGAGGAAGGAAUUUAUGAGAUCCAGAGCCUUAAGCCAGGAAGAACAGCCAGGGAGACGGACCCCCUCUACUCCGAGCUCCACCUGGUUCAAGGAUACAGCCACGACCAAGACUGAGCCCUCUCUUGAUAUGCCAAGAAUAGAACAGACCCCUCAAGAAAGUUAUCUGAUAAAGAUCAUAGGAAAUAUUAAGCAAUACAUAAGCCUCAGCACAAAAGACCAGGGGCAGGAGGAUUCUCUGAAGAAAGAAAGCUCCCCGCCAUCAUCUACGAUGACCCAGGAAAAGCUCAUCUACAGCAUGGCAACAAAAGUGCAAUCUAUCAUAAACAUUGUCGUACAGCUCCUGGUGAACUGGCUGGGCCUUAAGGUAGGGCACCCAUCAGAGGCACAGUGGUGUAAAGCGGAACCACUGAUACCCCAGCUGAGAGACUCUUUUUUUCAUUUUCCUGAGGGCAUCUACAAACCAAAGAAAAUAAGCAGACCAGAGAAAAUAAGCUCUGGUCCCCAUACCAGCCCCAUGGCUCAGAGCCACACAUUCAGGAACAAGUUGAUCGGGUACAAACAUCAGUCAGGUAUUGCUACCCAGGAAACCUGUGUUCCACAUCAGAACAGCGUGAAGAGAGGAAUGGGCUGUGAGCAACUCCCCUCUCCCAAGGGAAACAACCAUCCAUGUAGGCACGGGGAAACUGGAGACAAGCAGCAGUUAGGUUUUGGUGCCCCGAGAACCUAUGACUCAGAUCAAAUCAGAACGAAGAGUGGAAUGCACUGCUGUCCAAUUACCAGCCCCAAGGACACAACCAUGUGUUAUGCACAGAGAUGUUGGAGACAAAAGAAAGGAAUGGGCUGUGGCCCCCUCACCAGUUCUAAAGAGAACAACCAUCCAGUCACAUACAGGGGAACUGGAGGCAAAGAGCAGUCACCCCAAACAGACCUUACCAGCAUAGGUCUAGGAGCAGGUGCCUCAGGCCACCAUGGUCUUUGCGCAUCAUGAAAUACUCCAUAAGAUGCCCCAUCUGCCCAACCAUUGUUUCCCCUGUGAUUUCCUGGUAAUAA